AUGUUCUCAAAGAUCAUCGUCGCUGCCCUCUUCGCUGCCGCCGCUGUCUCCGCGGCUCCUGUCGACUCUUCUUCUAAGGAGGUCGAAGAGCGCCAGAUCAACCAGAGUGUCACCCUCUGCAGUGACAAGGGCAUGGCCGACUGCGACACCAUCAACUUCAACUUUGGCUUCUGCGUUCAAAAUGUCGGGCGCCUCAACGACAAGGUCAGCUCUCUCGAUGCUCACGGUUUCAACUGCAUCUUCUACAACGACACCGGAUGCCGCAACGGCGGUGGACAGAUCGCCACUACUGGCAAAGUGGAGGAUAUCCGAAGCAACCCGCAGUUCAGCACCCAGAACGAUGAUGUCUCUUCCUUCUUGUGCAACAUCUAA